AGUCCUCAUUUACUUUUAUCAGUAUCGUUGUGUGUUGGCGUGUCGGUAUGGUGCUAUCGGUAAACACUCUCCUCGUAAAAUCGACAGCUGUCCAGGUGGCAGCAAGCCUGGUGGCCAACUGGGGGAUGUUGAAUACAGGGAUGGCUAUGGGGUUUCCUUCCGUGUUGGUGCCGCCUCUUGUGGGUACCGGUCCCGGGCUACAUACUUCUCUUAAGGAAGCUUCCUGGAUAGCCAGCAUAACUUACAUACCAGCUCUGAUAUCAUCACUACUGGCAGGGCCGAUGAUCGACUGGGUUGGCCGCCGCUGGGGACUGAUGCUGAUGAACUUGACGUUCGCUAUCAGCUGGAUAUUACUUGCAGUAUUUCCUUUCUCAUUACUCGCUGUAUACUCUGGCAGAGCUGUGGCGGGGAUGGGAAUAGGUUUGGCUUGUGCCUCUGUCUCUUAUACGGCAGAGAUCGGUACUGUAUCCCUCCGCACAAUCCUAGUCAACUUCAACCCAACUCUGAAGGCACUCGGAAUCUUCCUUGUCUACCUCUGGGCGUGUUUUUAUGAGGACUCAUGGACGGAAACUUCGUACUUUGGAUUGGGCCUGACAAUAAUACCGAUUUUGCUGACACCACUCAUGCCGGAGAGCCCCUUGUGGCUGCUGAGCAGAGGCCGUUCUGAGGAAGCGCUGCAAGCUCUGCAGAACCUGCGAGGAGCGUCAGACCCCGAACAGGUCAAGGAGGAGCUGGACAGCUUCAGCAGCAGAGCGAGCGACAAGCAGCAGACAACCUCCUGGCUCUCCGUCUUCUACAACCUGCGGCAACCUCAGGCCUACAAGUCGCUGAUAUUCAUGUUAACAUUCGCAAUCGCUGGACAUCUCUCUGGAGCGACCAUCGUAAUGAAUUAUGCGAUAAACUUUACACAAAAAGCCGGUUUAGGAGGUGAAGCAUAUUACGUAGCCUUGGUCGUAUCCUCCAUGCGUUUAGUCUCAUCGUUCCUGUCGACUUGGGCCUGCAGUAGGUGGGGUAUGAGGCCCCCAGCCCUGCUCUCCAGCGUGGUCAUGGUGGUAUCCCUGUUGAUGCUGGCACUGUCCGUGUCGUCCUUGCUGACUUUUCCCCCUUGGCUCGUCGGUUUUUUGGUCCUCCUGUACGUCCUCACAAGCAACGUUGCGUACUCCUCCAUAUUCUGGGCCGUCAUGGGAGAGGUGUUCCCCACAUCUGUACGAGGGGUCGCAAAUGGAAUAGCGACAAGUUUUGGCUAUUUUGUAACUUUCCUUGCUAUAAAAUUCUACACACUUUUAGAGCGCUCUUUUAGUUCUCUUCAACUGUUUCUUUUCUUCGCUGGCUCAGGAACGGUUGGCACUCUACUUCUGUUCUUUUUCCUUCCGGAGACUCGUGGUAAAACUCUGUUGGAAAUAGAAGACUAUUUUAAAGGAACAUCGGAAUCUGUUGUCAGCAGUAAGACCAACAUGGAUACUGCCAGCAAGGAGAACCAAAUAAAAGAAUCAUACAUAUUUACUCUACCUGGAAAGUAAAAUAACCGUUUUAUACAUUGUCGACUAAGAGUAGAUAAUGUAUAGUCUUUAGUAAUGUGUCUAUAUCGAAGCAAUACCCUUAAGGACGUCUUAACGUGUUAGUAAAUCUUACAUGACAUAACAGAUUGUAUUACAUGCAUUAAAUUUUUUCCUGUAAAGAAUGUUCCUCGAGGUUUUAAAUGUGUUUUGUAUAAAUGUACUACGGGUCAAGACAUAUGUUGUUUGUGAACAAGGGCGUCAGUCUGUAUAUAUUGUAUAGUUCAAUUAAAAUGUAUAUAUAUGAUAAACUAUUUAAGAUAA